AUGUCUCAAUCUGCAAGGCUUUCUUUCCAGCAGGGUUUUUGCCAGCCUUUUCCAUUUUUCAUCAUUUUCUUGUUUAGGGCUAGGGCUCUUUCUUUCUGUUUAUAUCAUCCUUUUUCAUUCUUUUUCAUAUUACCAUCUUUCUUUCUUUCUUUCUUUCUUUCUUUCUUUCUAAUUUAUUUAGAAAUUAGUCACUUUUUUCUUCUCGUGAUUCAUUCAUUCAUUCGUUUUCCUUCAUCCCUUUUAUAUUCUUCCUUUUUCAUUUUCAUUCAUUAUUUAGUCCUUUUUUUGUAUUUCGUUUUUCUUCUUGGCAUUUUUCCUUUUCCUUUCAUCGUCACAAAUCAUCGUCUCUUUGUCAAUAAGACUAUUUUUUCUCUUUUUUUCAAUUCGAUUUUCGACUCAAAUAAAAAUGCAAUUAAAUAUUAUGUCUUCUUUAUUUAUUUAUUUUGUUUCAUUCCGGCUUCUUUCUUUCUUUCAUUUCUUUGUUUCAUCUCGUCUUCUUUCUUUCUUUUAUUCCAUAUCGUCUUCAUUCUUUCGUUCUUUCUUUCUUUCUUUCUUUCUUUCUUUCUUUCUUUUGUUUCAGCUCGUAUUUUUUUCUUAUUGCUUUUAUUUCAUCUCAUGUUCUUUCUUUUGAUUUGUCUCGUCUUUGUUUUGUUUCAUCCUCUUCUUUCUUUCUUUCUUUUUUUCUUUCUUUCUUUAUUUCGUUUUAUCUCGUCUUUCUUUCUUUCUUUCUUUCUUUCUUUCCUAUCAUGCUGUCUUCUUUUAUUCUUUCUUUUAUUUUUCCUUCUUUCUUUCUUAUUUAAUGUCGUCAUCUAUCUAUCUAUCUAUCUAUCUAUCUAUCUAUCUUUAUCUUUAUUUAUUUAUCUAUUUUUUCUUGCCUUUUAUCUUUUGCCUUUUUCUUUCCGAUUUUUUUUCUUUCUUUUCCCUUUUGAUUUUCUUCCUAUUUUUCCUUCUUUCAUUUAUUUUUAUUCUCUUUAUAACUAUUUUCUUCUUCUUUUUUUCUAUUUUCAUUCGUUUUUCUUUAUUUCAUCUUUCUUUUUUUCCUUUUGUUCGCUUUUCACUUUUCUUCUUUUCGUUGUUUUUCUUUUAUCUUUCAUUUUUUUUUCUCUUGUAUACAUUUUUCGUUUACUUUGUUUUUAUCCUUCCUUGCCAAAAGACGCGUCUAUUUUAAAUUCUUUCCCGACUGAAUUCUUUUUCACUCUGAGACAUCAAUUCCAAGAAUGA